AUGAUGGAUUGGGUAUGGUGGGUCUGCUCGAUGUCAAAUACUAUCACGAACGUUAUUGGAGUCACUGCUAAUGCGUUUAUGAUCUUGGUAAUUCUGAAGAAAACUCCGCCACAGCUGGCCACUUAUUCAGUUAUUUUUCUCAACACUGCACUCUGCGAUUUGUUCGCCUGUUUUACUGCUCUCUUAGCGUGGCAAAGAGUUAUUCCUACAGCAGUCGGUCUGUACUACAUUUCCAAUGGACCGUGUACAUAUUUUGGACAGUCAGUUUGCUAUGCCAUAAAUGGUGUCAUGAUUCAUUUACUCUCUCAUGCUGCAUGGAGUAUUUUGUUUUCGUCGGCUUAUCGUUUUUACGUCCUUAAUCAUCCUCCACCGAAGCGAAGCAGUCUCGCAAUUGUUAUUACUCUAAUGAUGAUGGAUUGGGUAUGGUGGCUCAGCUUGAUGUCGAAUACCGUCACAAACGUAGUUGGAGUCGCUGUCAAUUCUUUUAUGAUUUUCGUAAUCCUGAACAAAACUCCGCCACAGUUGGCCACUUACUCAAUUAUUUUUCUCAACACUGUAUUUUGCGAUUUGUUCGCCUGUUUUACUGCUCUUUUAGUGAGGCAGAGGGCUAUUCCUGCUACUGUCGGUGUGUACUACAUUUUUUAUGGACCGUGUACAUAUUUUGGACCGUCCACAUGCUACUUCAUAAAUGGUGUGAUGGUACAUUUCUUCUGUCAUGCUGUAUGGGGUAUUUUGUUUUCAUCUGCUUAUCGUUAUUACAUCGUUAAUCAUCCUCCACCAAAACGAAGCAGUAUCGCUGUUGUGUUGUUCUCACUCUGCGAAAGCGAUAGCGAGCAGAUUAAGCUGAUGAUCGAAGAGAAAUAUGGAUACAAUGUCAGCUCAGAAUGCGUCAGUGGACAUCUUGGACUUGACUGGAAAAACCGUUAUAUUUCUGCUCAUUUGAUCGUAUCAGUUCCUAUAACGUUCUGUGGUGUACUCAUAUUUGGAAAGCUAACAACAUCAUCGUUAAACAUCGCUGAGCCUGUACCGGCCUUGAAUCCUUUUAUAUUGCUGUAUGCUAUCAGUCCUUAUCGUUUAUGGGCACAUGGUGCAUUUCGCAGUUUUCGUAAGCGCGAAAUCUCCCAACAAGCAAAAUCAGGCGAAGUUGCUCUGCUAAAAGUAAUCCUAUAG